AUGCCACCCCCACCCCCCUACACCUACCAAUCCGAAGUCUACACGCACGGCCUACGCGACCAGAAACCAGCUAUAACCUUCAUCGCCAGCGAAUGGGAGAACCUCGCCCGCGCGCGCCUCUCCGCCAACAGCUUCAGCUACGUGCACGGGUCGGCCGGGACGGGAGAAACCGACCGCAAGAACCGGUCCGCAUUCCAGAGCUGGUCCGUGAUACCUUCCCGCCUGGUUCCCUCGGCCGAGUUCCCCGAUCUAUCGACCACCCUUUUCGGGAAGAAAUACGCCUCGCCUAUUGCCAUCGCGCCCGUAGGGGUACAAACUAUCUUCCACCCGGAAGGUGAGCGUGCUGUUGCGCGCGCCGCGGCGGGGCUGGAUGUGCCGUAUACGUUGAGCACGGCGACAGCGACUUCCACAGAGGAUGUAGCUGAAGCGAAUGGGGCGGACGGGAAGAGGUGGUUCCAGCUGUAUUGGCCUGGGAAUGAACAUAAUGAUAUAACGGUUAGUUUGCUGGAGCGGGCGAAGAAGAGCGGGUAUGAUGUGUUGGUUGUGACGCUGGACACGUAUAUAUUGGGAUGGAGGCCGACGGAUAUGGAUAAUGGGUAUAAUCCGUUCCUGAGGGCAGAUAGUAUCGGGGUGGAGAUGGGGUUCAGUGAUCCGGUGUUUAGGAGAUAUAUCCGAGAUAAGUUUGGGAAGGAGGUCGAGGAGGAUAAGGGGACUGCUGCGGGGGAGUGGACGAAGAUUGUGUUCCCGGGGGUGUCGCAUUCAUGGGAGGAUUUGGCGUUUUUGAGAAGCCAUUGGGAGGGCCCGAUUGUGUUGAAGGGGGUGCAGAGUGUGGGGGAUGCGAGGAGAGCGGUGGAGUGUGGUAUGCAGGGCAUUGUGGUUUCGAAUCAUGGGGGCAGGCAGAUGGAUGGAGGGGUUGGGUCAUUGACGGUGUUGCCGGGGAUUGUAGAUGCCGUUGGGGAGAAGAUUGAGGUGUUGUUUGAUUCCGGGGUUAGGUGUGGUGCGGAUGUUGUCAAGGCGCUGGCGUUGGGGGCGAAGAUGGUGCUUGUGGGCAGGCCGUAUGUUUAUGGGUUGGCGAUUGCUGGGGAGGAGGGCGUCAGGCAUGUUCUGAGGAGUUUAUUGGGGGAGGUGCAGUUGUCGUUGCAUUUGGGGGGGAUCAGGAGUGUGAAGAAAGAAGAUUUGAAUAGGGAUUGCCUGGUCAGAGAGUAG